AUGAGGGCUACGAGCAACGGUGCCGGGGAUGCUUCGUCAUUCGAGCCCAUUGCCAUCAUUGGCAUGAGCUCCAAGUUCUCGGGAGAUGCGACAGACAACGAGAAGCUGUGGGAAAUGCUGGCCGGGGGCCGGAGCGGCUGGACGCCGUUCCCUUCGUCUCGGUUCAGACUCCAAGGCAUCUACCAUCCCAACAAUGAGAGACUCAACAGUACCCACGUCAAGGGUGCGCAUUUCUUGCAAGAGGAUAUCGGACUAUUUGAUGCUGCCUUUUUCGGCUACUCGAGCGAAGCCGCGGCGUCCCUAGAUCCUCAAUAUCGGCUACAGCUGGAAUCUGUAUAUGAAGCCUUGGAGAGCGCCGGUCUUCCAAUAAGCACAAUCGCGGGCUCCAACGCCUCGGUAUUCACCGGAGUCUUCGUGCACGACUACCGAGACGGCCUCCUCCGCGAUGCGGAUAACUUGCCUAGGCUGAUGGCCACAGGCACCGGCGUGCCCAUGAUGUCGAAUCGUGUUUCGCAUUUCUUCGAUCUUCGGGGGGCAAGUAUGACAAUAGAAACGGCCUGUUCGUCUGGGAUGGUGGCUAUGCACCAGGGGAUCCAGAGUCUGAGGACUGGGGAGGCGGACAUGUCCAUCGUCGGCGGCGCGAAUCUGACCCUCAACCCGGACAUGUUCAAAGCCUUGGGCUCUGCAGGGUUCUUGUCCGGAGAUGGAAAGUCUUACGCGUUAGACUCGCGCGCAAGCGGCUACGGCCGCGGUGAGGGCGUCGCAACCAUCAUUAUCAAACGACUGGGAGACGCGCUGGCUGCCGGCGAUCCAAUCCGGGGCGUCAUCCGCGGCUCUGCACUCAACCAAGACGGAAAGACGGAGACCAUCACAACGCCCAGCCUGGAGGCACAGGAAGCCUUGAUCCGUGCCUGCUACGAGAAUGCGGGCUUGAGUCCCAAGGACACACAGUAUUUCGAGGCCCACGGAACCGGGACACAAGCCGGCGAUACAAUCGAGGCGCGGGCCAUUGCCAGUGUCUUUUCAUCGAGCAGCGAGCCACUGCUGAUCGGAUCUGUCAAGACGAACCUUGGUCAUACGGAGGCAGCGAGCGGACUGGCAAGUAUCGUGAAAACGGUACUGGCACUGGAAAGGGGGGUUAUUCCGCCUUCCAUCAACUUUGAAAAACCUAACCCGAAGAUCCCCCUGGAGGAUUGGCGCCUCAGACUGGUCAGGACGCUGGAAACGUGGCCGGCUGCCGCGGUUCGCCGAGCGUCCAUCAACAACUUUGGAUACGGAGGCGCGAACGCCCACAUCAUCAUGGAAGAAAGCACUCCGUGGCUACCAGCUCUGGGCGGUGAGAAUGGUCACGCCGAUGGCCGCUCGAACGAAUCCCCGCAGGCGUCCUGUGAGAACACCACAUCCACGGAACUCAACAGUCGACCAAAGGUUCUUGUUCUGAGUGGCAAAGACGAGCAGGCGUGCCAAAGAAUGAUAUCCAACCUCGGCAACUUCCUAGAACUGAAGGGGUCCACCCGGGAAAAUGCUGAAGCAUACCUCCAGAGCUUGACGUACACCCUGGGUGAGCGCCGGACUCGGUUUCCGUGGAUGGCUGCAUAUCCGGUCCCUACCGCGGCGAACAACUUUGACGCAGUCGUCCAGACUCUCCGUUCCCCCAAGUUCACGCCCAAGCGCAGUUCCCGACAGCCAAGAAUCGGAAUGGUGUUCACCGGCCAGGGCGCUCAGUGGCACGCCAUGGGCAGAGAGCUCAUCGCCGCCUACCCGGUGUACAAGGCGUCGCUCGAAGAGGCCGAGAAAUACCUGACGCGGCUGGGUGCGGACUGGUCUUUGACUGAAGAGCUGAUGCGUGACGCCGAGUCCACGCGGAUCAACUCCGUCGCUCUUAGCACCCCGAUCUGCGUCGCCGUACAGAUAUCGCUUGUGCGUCUGCUCCGCUCGUGGGGCGUGGUCCCCGUUGCCGUCACGAGCCAUUCGAGCGGAGAGCUUGCGGCUGCUUAUGCCGCUGGGGCGCUGAGCUACCAGAAAGCCAUGGCCUUCUCCUACUUCCGGGCAUCCCUGGCCGCCGAUAAAAGUCUCCAGGCUCCUGUCAAGGGGGCGAUGAUCGCAGUUGGACUCGGCCUGGAGGACACACAGUCCUACCUCGAAAGGCUAACGUCAGGCGGAAAGGCGGUAGUGGCAUGCGUCAACAGCCCAUCCAGUAUCACUGUUGCCGGGGAUCUUUCAGCUGUGGUAGAGUUGGAAGAUCUGGCCAACUCAGAGGGCGUGUUCGCUCGUCGUCUGAAGGUCGACACGGCGUGGCACUCGCACCACAUGGCUCGGAUAGCAAGCGUGUAUGCCGAAGCGCUGGAGGGAAUACAGCCUGAGGAGGGUGCCUGCGACAAGGAACCUUUCGGGCCCAUCUCUUUCUCAUCUCCGGUGACAGGGGGCCGGGUGGCUAGCGCGGAAGCCAUCUCUCGUCCGAAGCACUGGGUUGACAGCUUAGUCCAGCCGGUCCAGUUUGUUGCUGCUCUCACUGACAUGGUCCUCGGCGGUGGGGACGGCUCCAGCUCGAAUGUUGAUGUGAUUGUCGAAGUAGGUCCGCACACGGCCUUGGGAGGCCCGAUCCAGCAGACCCUUGCGCUACCCGAGUUCAGAGACGUACGUUUGCCAUACUACGGCUGUCUUGUUCGCAAGAUCAAUGCCCAGGACACCAUGCAGGCACUCGCCGCCAGCCUGCUGCAGGAAGGCUACCCCGUGGACCUGAAGGCCGUCAACUUUCCGAACGGCAGACAGCAUUCGGUGAAGGUACUGCCGGACCUACCAUCCUAUCCUUGGAACCACCAGGUGAAGCACUGGGUGGAGCCGAGAUGCAACAAAGCACUACGGGAGCGGACACAGCCGCCUCACGACCUCCUCGGCUCACUCGUUGAGGGGUGCAACCCGAUGGCACCGUGGUGGCGCCACACGCUUCGCAUAUCCGAGUCACCGUGGACCAGGGACCACGUCAUCCAGUCCAAUAUAUUGUAUCCGGCGGCGGGCUACCUUUGCCUCGCCAUCGAGGCCAUCAAACAGCUCACGGCCAUGGACACGACCACGAGCGCUCAAGGGAUAUCAGGCUACCGGCUCCAGGACGUCGACUUCCUGCAAGCGCUGAUCAUACCGGAAAGCUCGGAUGGAAUCGAGAUCCAGACAAGCAUGCGCCCCGUAGGCGAAAAAGAAGUCAGUGUGCGAGGGUGGAGGCACUUCGAGGUUUGGACAGUGACGGCAGACAACCGGUGGACUCAGCACGCAAAAGGCCUGAUCACAGUCGAGCUCGACGGGCCGGAGGCUUUCCAACCAGAAGCGCGCAAUCGCGACAUCAGAGGCUACACAAGACGCACCAGCCCGGCCAAUCUGUUUGUCAACUUGAGGGCUCUGGGUAUAGCUCACGGUCCGAUGUUCCAGAACAUGAAGAGCAUCAUACAGUCCGGCUCGGAGCCGUGCAGCCUGGUCACCAUGGCUGUCGCCGACAUAUGCGUGCCCAACGAUCUCCCUCGCCAACACGUCCUGAACCCCGUCACCCUGGAUUCGGUCAUUUCCGCGCCAUACUCGACUGUACCUCGCUCGGUCCGCAACUCCUGGGUAUCCAGCAAGAUCAGCAACGUUGCGGGACAUCUUCUCGAGGUCCACUCGCAACUUACCCGGAACGAUGACCAGGGAAUGGAGGCCGAAGUUUCCGUCUCUGGGGACGGUCAAGUCGUGCUGGAAAUGGACGGCUUUGCGUAUCAGUCCUUGGGGCAGAAUCUCUCAUCUCAGCAGGCCCAGCCGUGGAAGAAAGAGCUGUGCAGCAAUGUUGAAUGGUCGCUCGACAUCUCACUGAGCUCACCGGCCACCAUUCUCUCGAUUCAAAAGCGACUGGGUUUGAACAGCUGCCCGAAAGAACAUGUCAAACGCGAGACUCUGCGCGCUUGCAUCGGCUUCAUGGAAACCGCACUCGUUGCGCUCGGCCCGAUCGAGGUCGACAGCAUGGACUCGAGUCUCGCAGAACAUUAUGCGUGGAUGAAGCAUACAGUGCAGCUGGCGGCUUCCGGUCAACUGGGCCUCGAAAGCUCCGAACCAAGUCGCGAUGCCGAUCGAACAGCCGCCUCUCGGGGAUACGGUGAAAUUGUACACCGAAUCGGGGGUCAGCUGGCUGACAUCCUACUCGGCAAGGUUUCGCCACUUGACCUGAUGAUCCAAGACAAUCUGCUGUUCAGGUUCUACAAGGAAUCACCCGGAGUGAAAACGACAGGAUCACAACUCGCCGAGCUCCUACGGCACUUGGCCCACAAGAAUCCGCGGUUGCGAAUUCUCGAAGUCGGCGCCGGAGCCGGCGCCAUGACGAUCCACGCACUGGAGGCCCUCGGCACUGACAAAUCAGGGGGGCCCCGCGCAUCCUCGUACCACUACACAGAUAUCUCCGCGGCGUUCUUCGACGAGGCUCGCGGGCGUCUCUCGUCUUGGAAAGACGUCCUUUCUUUCGACGUGUUGGACAUUGAACGUGACCCGGCAACGCAAGGCUUUGCCAUUGGCACCUACGAUGUCGUGGUCGCUUCCCGUGUCCUCUACGGUACCAGGUCCAUAUCCCGCACACUCGAUCACGUCCGCAACCUCCUCAAGCCAGGUGGCACGCUGUUGUUCGCUGAGGACCUGCAGGAUCAGACCGAGGUCCAGUUCGUGAAUGGGUUGCUCCCCGGGUGGUAUUCUCCCACGGAGGGCCCCGGUACCAAAGCCACUGGUAGGCCGUUGCUGAGCGAGCCCGUGUUGGAUCGACAUCUCCGAGAUGCUGGCUUUUCCGGAGUAGAUCUCGGUCUGUACGAUUCCGGAAAUCCCGAGGUCUCAACAUCGGUGGCAGUCAUGUCACGCUUGGCAGACACGCCAUCUCCGAAGCUGCGAGUAAACCCGGAGCAAGUGGCAAUCAUCACGAGCAAGAAAUCGGGAUCACCACCUUCUGAGUGGGUUCAAGGUCUGCAGAAAUCUAUAGCUGCACAGAGGUACCCUCACGAAGAAGAAGAGCAAAAGCUGCCCGUUGUCCAGGAUAUCGAUUCUGCCUCGGCCGCAGCUGCAUGGUACACGGACAAGAUUUGCAUAUUCGUGGGCGAGAUGAGCGAGCCCAUCUUGUACGACCUCGACCCAGCAGCUCUGGAAGGCCUCCGAGCGAUGAGCACCAACUCCAAGGGACUGCUCUGGGUUACCAGCGGCGGUGCUGUCGACUGCGAACGGCCCGAACUGAGUCUGGCUCCCGGUUUCAUCCGCUCACUGCGCACCGAGUAUACCGGCCGGAAGUUCCUGACACUGGAUCUCGACCCCAGGGGGCCUCUGUGGUCCGACGCCGGAGCAUCGGCCAUCACCCGCGUCUUGCAAGCUGCCUUUGGCAACGGCGCCGAGCACAGCACCGCCAUCGGCGCUGCGGACCCGACAGACUUUGAGUACGCAGAGAGAGACGGCAUCAUUCUCGUCCCCCGCUUCUCCCACGACGUGGCAAAAGAUCGGCUGAUAUCCUCCCGCCUUGCGGGGUCUGACGGGCAGGACGAAGUAUCGACCGAGCCGUUCUUCCAGGCCAACCGGCCUCUAUGCUUAUCUCCGGCAUCACUGGCAUUCACCGACGAUAGCUACGCGGGUGGGUUUGUCGAUGGUCUCGCGCCCGGCCUGGUGGAGAUCGAGCCCAAGGCGUACGGCAUCAGCCUCCACGACACGGACAAGCGCAUCGCGAGCCGUGAAUGCGCGGGAGUAGUCAGGCGAGUCGGCAGCGCUGCACUGGAGCAGGGCUACGCGGUCGGUGAUCGCGUCUUCUGCCUGCUCCGCCAGUCGUCUCUGCCCAGUUGCGUGGUUGUCGAGUGGACCUCGGCGAUGCCGAUACCCGCGCAGCUGAGCUUCCAGGACGCGGCGACCAUGCCUCUGGCCUUCCUCACAGCGUACUACUCCCUCGUCCAAGUGGCCAGACUGAGGCAGGGCCAGUCUGUCCUGAUCACCGAUGCAGUGGCAGAAGUCGGGCAGGCCGCCAUCAUGAUCGCCCGACACCUCAAGGCGGAAAUCUUCGCCACAGUCGGCAGUCCGGAGGAGCAAGAGUGGGUUACGCGCAAGUACGGCCUCUCGGCAGACCGCAUCCUCGACAGCCGCAACGCGUCAUUUGGGGCUGCUCUGCUUGCCUCUACCGAGUGCCGGGGCGUGGACGUGGUGUUGAACACUCUCAAAGGUCCGCUCCUGCAAAAGAGCUUCGGCUUGGUUGCGCCGCUCGGGUCGUUCGUCGAUAUCGGGAGACACGACGUGGAUCAGAACAGCCUUCUGGAGAUGCGGCCGUUUGCCCGCCACGUCUCCUUCUCGGCCGUCGACGUCCCUACUCUGUUGGAGCAUGGAGGUUCCGACGUGCAUCGCUGCUUGCGGGAGGUUAUUCGUCUACUCGAGGCCAAGGGUAUCGCCCCCUUCCACCGCCCCAGCGUCCAUUGCCCCGGGGACCUGGCAGAGGUGCAGGACGCGUUGAAGACAGGUACUCACUUGGGCAACGUCAUCCUGUCGGUCGAUUCGGACGCCAUGGUUUCCGUGCUUCCGCGAAAGACGGCUGUAUGUCUAUCCCGCGACGCGUCCUACAUGAUUGUCGGUGGCACUGGCGGCCUAGGUCGAUCUGUGGCGCAUUGGAUGGCGUCUCGCGGGGCGAAGAACCUCGUCAUCAUGUCUCGCAAUGCGUCCAAGAGCGAGAAGACGGCGGCGUUGGCCCUAGAGCUCCGUGAAGCAGGCUGUUCUCGCGUGCUGCUUAUCAGCGGCGACGUUGCCCGGGAAGACGAUGUCGCCAACGCCAUUCAGACCUGCGCGGAAGAGGGGCUGCCGCCCAUACGAGGCGUGAUCCACGCUGCUUUCGCGCUCCGGGACUCAUUCGUGGAGAAGAUGACCCUCGACGAUUACAAGACCACGAUCGAUAGCAAGGUCGCGGGCGUUUGGAACUUGCACAACCAAUUCAACUUGCCCGGAGAUCUCGACUUUUUCGUUAUGUUCUCCUCCAUCAAUGGUAUCGUGGGCUACCCCAGCCAAGCCGCAUACUCAGCAGCCGGCGCGUACGAAGACGCAAUGGCCCAUUACCGCGUCAAGCAGUGCGGCCUGCCCGCCGUGUCGAUAGACCUCUCGGUCGUCGACGACGUCGGUUACGUUGCCGAGGCGUCGUCCGCCGAGGUUCUGCGCAACUCUCUCGUCAAAGCGGGCCGGAUGGUCAUUGACGAAGACCAGGUACUGGCGGCGCUGGAGUCGUCCAUCCUGUCGCCCUACAGCCCGCAGUUCAUCAUGGGCGGAAUCAACUCCGGUCCCGGUCCUCAUUGGGACGUCAGCAGCGAUCUCGGGCGCGACAUGCGCUUCCUGCCGCUCAAAUACCGCCAGGCUUCCUCGAGCACGGAGAGCCAGCAGGACCAAGAGCAGGGCGACUCGUUGGCCGCCAAGAUGGCCGGGUGUGCGUCCCGUGACGAAGCGAUUGGUCUUGUCGAGUCGGCCCUGGCGGAGAUGCUGUCAGACAUGUUCUUGGUCCCGGUCGAGGAUAUCGAUAUGACCGAGUCCCCUACCCAGCAAGGCGUGGACUCGCUCAUGGCCGUUGAGGUCCGCAACAUGCUCUUCAGCCAAGCAGGUGCCGAACUGUCUAUUUUCAACAUCCUCCAAAGCCCAUCUCUCGCCCGGUUGGCCGCGGAUGUUGUGACCCGAAGUGUGCAUGUCAAUAUAUCGGAUGCGUGA